UUGAUCGAUAUUCCUCAUACGCACCCUCUCAACCCUCGUUGGUAGUAGUAGUGGUAGAACCAAAUUAGGGUUUCCGAUCAACCCUUUCAACCCCAACCAAUAUCCAAUCUUGGUUCCAAUUUCUCAUCACCCCGAUCAUCAAUCGCAUAAUCCCAAAGGGAAUCAAACAACAAACCCUUAAUCAAUUUUCCAGAAGAAGAGAAGGGGGAAAAGUUAACCAUGACGGGGAAAGCGAAGCCGAAGAAGCACACGGCGAAGGAGCUGGCGGCGAAGCUGGAUGCUGCGACGACAAACCGCGGCGGCGGAAAAGCGGGUAUGAAGGACCGAACGGGUCUUGAGAAAGGUGGCCAUGCCAAGUGGGAGUGCCCUCACUGCAAAGUCACAGCGCCUGAUGUGAAAUCGAUGCAGAUUCACCAUGAAGCGCGUCAUCCCAAGAUUCCUUUUGAGGAGGACAAGGUCGUCAACCUCCACGCCACCGUCGUUGCUGAGUCCUCCACCAAGCCUCGCCCUGGCGUUCGCGGUAGUCUCAAGAAGUGAUUAAUCAACUUCACUGCUUUUAUAGUACCCCCUUAUUUUUUACUCUUCCUUUUUUGGUUUUGGUUUGGUUAUUUUGCUUUAAGUUGGUGUUUUUAUGGGGGUUAUCAAGUUAUCUGGACUUGGGUAUGUUGAGAUACUUGUGUUACAUUUUUAGGUUUGGAUUUUAUGCUAUGUAACAAGGGGCUUAGAAGGGCUUUUUUCUUGUGGGUAUGAGAUUAUCAAUUAAGCCCUUCAGAAACUUGUCCCCAUAUUAGCAGUUAAUGUGAUGUUGUUCAGCUACUA